AUGUCCACUAAUGACGCCGUGUUCUACCGGCGAAACAAACAGAUCCAAGAUGCCAUUGACGGGCAAAAUCUGAAACAGGCCCUGCAGUUGAUUGACAAGCGCAUGAAGAAGGGAGAAGAUACAAAGUUUUUGAAGGCAUGGAAAGCUCAUAUAUUAUAUCGUCAUGCGGACGAAACCCACCGCCAACGUGGUAUAGCGGAAACCCUCGAUUUGUGCAAGGCCGAGCCACCAGCUACCGACCUCGAUACUCUCGACAUUCUCUAUCAGACUCUGAAACGAAUGGGCGACCAGGCGGAAACUACGAGGACUCUAUGGGAAAGAGCUUCAAAGGCGAAACCACAGGAUUUAGAUCUACAAAUGAGAUGGUUUACGUAUGCAUUUGAAGGUGACGACUGGAAGUCAGCGCAAAAGGCUGCUAUGACUCUCCAGAAUAAUUUUCCCAAAACGCGGAAAUACUAUCUCUGGGCAAUUUUCCUCAGUCAUCUCGUCGCUACCGAUCAAGCCAGUUCAGAAACUGACCGUAAACUUUUUGGAACUCUGGCUUAUCGCAUGGUUUCUAAAGCUGCUGACAGUGUUCCUUCCGAUCCAAAAGAGUUGCUGAGCCCUCCUAGAGCCAUACAAGGCCCAGAGGAGCUAUUGCUACUUAUUAAGAUCUUCGAGUCUCAGGGACGUCAUGAUGAGAUUGUAAAAAUUCUUGAUAGCGAGAAUCUUGGACUAAGCUCGCGAGUCAUCCAGAAUGACUGGUCCUUCGUUGGGGUGAAGCUGUCCAGCUUGGAAAAGGCGGAGAUGUGGGUGCAAGGCUUAUCCUACGCGAAAGAGCUACUUGCAAUCCCUAGUAACGAAGUUGAGAGAAAGGCUCUCCAAGAGCGUGACGACUGGGCAGUUUGGAAACUACUUGUCAUUUCAACCCGCAACACCAAUACCCAAGAAACCACUACCGGGACCCUGAAGUUCAUUGGCGAUUUCCUUGAUGCCGUGCCCAAAUCUCGUAAUGCACAGCUAGCUCGCCUAGACUUGAUUCAUUCGGGUGUUCUCGCUGGCACUUCGAGGACGGAGGAUCUAGUCUCUACUUGCCAAGAAUAUUUUGAUAGUAACCAAAACAAGCUUUACUGCUUUAGCGACCUGCAGCUUUACUUGGCAGCACUGGACAAUGAAGCUGUGUCAAAGUUUGUGGAGUAUGCUUCCAAAGGUCAAGAGGAGAAUGUGAAAAACGACCCUUUCAAGGGUGUUACGACGAUCAAUGCCCUUAAACUUGAAUACUGCUUCGUAUUGUCAACUAACGAGACGAAUGUCUCUAAAUCACAAGUCGAGAACUUCAUCUCGCGUUGUCUCCAAGUCUAUCGUGAGACAGAUCGUCCAGAACGGAGCUCAGCCCCAUCCACAAUCGAAAGUCAGCCUAGUGAUGAUCUGUGUUUGCUAGCUGCUAUGAGCUUGAUACGCUUCAGCGGAGCAUGGAUCUCUGGUAACCAUGAUCAAAUCCCAGACACCGUCCUCAUCCGCGCCGCUGCUAUCCUGGAGCGUCUCUUGUCUGAUUCUCCUCAUAAUUACCAAGCGUUGCUACUCCUUGUGCGCAUCUACUUGCGUCUCGGGGCUGGAUCGCUCGCUCUCAAGGCCUUUAGCAAGCUCUCUGUCAAACAAAUGCAGUUCGAAACGGUUGCUCACAACCUCUUCACCCGCCUAGCAACGAUCCACCCACACUCGGCGCCCCCAAUUGAGGGUGCAGAAUACAAAGACUUCGACCCACAGUCUGCAUUUGUUCAGGCCCUGAAUUUCUAUCGAACGGCUGAGGUCACGACAGUCAGGCACCGGUCGAAUGGACUGGACUUGGGCAGUUACGUAAACAUAGAAGGCACCAUAGAGCUUCAGAGGCGUCUAAAGUAUAGUGUCUGUCGCAGGAUGUGGGCAUUAGACGUCAGACGGAUGCAGAGACUCGUCGGCGGUGAUCCGAUGGGUCGAUAUGACGAAGUUGCAAGGGACCCAUCCCCCUUGGCAGACCAGCGGGUAUUUGAUGCAUUCAUGAACUGUGAACCCACCAACCAGCCAACUUUCGAGGAACGGAUGCGCUUGGGACCGCUUCCUCGGGAACGAUGGGUGACGUCUGCGAGGGUAACAGACCAGUUGUUUAGUACCCUCAAGAAUAUGGCUGUUCAGAAGCCAGUGUCUGUUGAACUUAAUCUGCCCAGUCUCGAAGAUAUCGUAGGGUCGGAAGCAUCUUCUGAGAUGACCCCAUCAGAGAUUGAAAGCGUCAAGAUCAAUCUGACUCUUCUCAAGGUGGUCUCAUUCUUGAAUGGCUCGAAGUCUGUCGCCUCUGAAGAGGUCGACAGCUACUUAACCCAGGUGGAAGAGUGGCUGAGUUCCAAGUCAGAAGAUCUUGACUUGAACGGUCCAAAGAUCUCCCCCCUUGUAUCAGAAACUGCAGUUUCCUUGCGGCAGCAUGAAUCAUCUAUCCCAACCUGGAGGUUCUUCCACAACUUAUACCUGAUCAUUGAGUCGCUCAAGGCGCUCUCACUCAUAACAUCCAUCGCAUCAAAGAAAACCUCCAAGGCUGUGAAACUCCCCAAGGAUCGUAUACAAAGAUUAGCUGAUUCCACCCGUCAAGUCCAUGAAAGUAUUCGGGCAAACGCUCGUGCGCUAAAAUCGGCUAUCUCUGAGCCGGGUGUUCUCGGAUCUUUGAUUGACUUGGUGGUGGGUGGCUCUGGCGAUGGUGAGGAUGGUACGCAACUUCGGGCAGAAUUGGAUAAAACAUUUGAUAUGGCUGCGCUGGAGAUGUUCUGCGGCGAGUUAAUGGAAAGCUGGGAAGAAGGGCUCGAUGGGCUGCUGCGCGUGUCGCUGUGA